CCACCGCUCAGGAGACAGCCCGUCAGGGGAAUUUGUUUAAUCAAGUGAAUGCCGAGAUGCCUGGCCAUCGUCAGCCUCUGUCCCUGGAGGGACUAAGUAUGGGACGUGUGUGCCAGCAGUUGGACGGUACGUGCCGGCGAUUGCAGCUGCUCUCGCAGGAGACGUCCGCUAAUCAAGUUUUAACAUACGCUAAACAAUCGAUUCGACCUUACUACGUCAACUCACUGCCAGCAAUACUUCGAUCGCGAGUCAUUGAGGAGACCUCGAGAAUGCUUUAUGGUCCAGCCCCAGACGGGUCGACUCUGAUAUCUGGACCUGCGCCACUUUAUCUACUGGCUCUACUCCUCGGGCCUGACAUCAAGCAGCUGAAAGUUAAUCUGUGCUGUUACUACGGCUGCAGCCACCAAACGUCUCUCUUGAAACUUCUAGCCUCCGAAGGAAUCGGUUUGGAAUCCCUUGAGCUAGCCAGAUCCGCCCUCCUUCGGCUAGACUGCAAACUCCUCAAGUCCGCUCUUCAGAACAUGAGGAACCUACGAAGCCUCACUCUGAGGAACAUCGCUAAUGACUCUGUUCUUCAAGUAAUCGGCAAAGCCUGUCCCAAACUCGUUGUCCUAGACGUCGCCUGUUCGAUGCAAGUGACGGACAUGGGGCUGAACAAUCUUCUCCUUCAGAUCGAACUCCGAGACAAAUUGCCGACCUAUCCGUCACCCUCGGAGACUAGCUGGUCGAAGCUGAAAGCCAUCAUCUCAAAGCUCAAAUCCAAGAAGAAUAAGAUCGAGAGACAGGAGCGACAGGGAAUUCUGCUGGAGUACUGCGAGAGGAGGAAUGUCCUCUGCAAUUCCCUGAAGAUUCUAAACGUCGCUAACACCGCUGUCACCAGUGCUGGGGUGCUACUGGCCCUGGCUCACGUCCCCCAUCUCGAAUCGCUGGCGGAUUACAACCACAUGGGACGAGUCGUCGAGAUAAUGAACAGAGGAGUAAUCCAACUGCGAACACCUUUCAAUCUAACCCAAGCAAGAAGCAGUCGAACAACAGCUGCGAGACUGGAGUUGCUGUCCCAGACCUGCCCGAGACUCGAGAAAAUCUUCAUUUCCGAGCCCCUCCAUCCGCCCGAAGCACUCAGACUCUUCCCUUACGUCACCUGCUUGAGUAUUCAGAGUGUACCAGCGAGGAAAGAGUGGCUCUCAGGCUUCUACGAUUACUUGAGGACAAACGGACAGAGAUUGAGAGAUCUCAGUGUCAGAAUCACUGAGAGCGACACUCCAGUGCAGUUGGACCUGAGGGAGGUCUUCGAGAACUGUCCAAAUCUCGUCAGUCUCUCGAAGACGGGGGCGGCGGUCGUCUGGCUAGACGGACCAGACCCUCCGCCCCUGAGAAAACUCAGGAGAAUUCAACUCGGCAGAACUGUCACUGCUCACACUGUCACGAUGAUCAUCAAACUUUCGCCUGUACUUUCCUCACUACACGUGCACAGCUGCUUCGAUCUUACUAACGAACAUCUCGAGAUGCUUCUAAUCCGCGAUAAUUGUCUACUGAACUGUCUCACGUGUUUCUACGUCUACGAAGCCAGCAAGAUAUCCGCCGGGGUCAUUCUGAAGAUGCUGAGGGGCUGCAGGAGACUGAGGAAAAUUGGAAACCUAGCUAAUUGGGGGCUUGAUUGCGAAGGAGUCAAAGUGCUCAGGGAAACUCUGACCAAGGCCAAUUUGGAUGUCGAACUGUGCCCUGGGUCCCACUGGUUCUGGAGCAAUUGCAUCCAUUGAAUCGACCUCGACUGUCUAGUGUAUCAGUAUUAAUGAGAGGCUUCAAGUGAUCGGCGACGGUUUUUUGUUAAUUAAUCCCGUGUUUUUAUCACGAUUAACUCGAGAUUUCUAUCGCGUUAUGACUAAUGGGCUUCGUAUAAUCAUCCUCUCGCAAUAACCCAUACUAUAAGUUUUGUAAUAUUACAAUGAUUCAUAAUAAAGAUAUAUAGUAUAAAGAC